UAUUUCAAACAAUACUGCAUUUAUUAUAUAUUAGAUUAAAGAGGACAUCGUUCGUUAAACAAACUAUAUAAACUAGAUUAGAUUUUAAAUUUGAAAAUUGUAUCGUUUGAAAAUGUUAGUUUGAAACAGUUCGUUAUAUCCUUGAUCGUAUGUAAACAUUGAGACAAACAUAUAUAUCGAGAAAUAUAAUUUAAAAUUAAUAUCAAUAAAAAAAGAUAAGAAUUAAAGUAGACGAAAGAGUGUGUGUGUGUGAGAGAGAGAGAGAGAGAGAGAGAGAGAGAGAGAGAUAACAGGGUAUCAAAAGUAAGAGCAAUCAGAUAUUAUAUUUAGGCGGCAGAAGGGGAAAGUUUCGAUUGCUCUCGGCUUUCUGAAAGCGGGGUCUCUUUGUCCAAUCACUCAAAGAUUCACGGCAAGAUGGCGCUCGGUGAGAGGCGUUCGACGAUUGGUCGAUUAGACGACACGCAAAGUUGCCGAGAGCAGUCGCUCUCACGUCCUCGUAGCGGGCGCGUCGAAUACGUUCCUGGGUUCGUUGUGUGAUAGUGAAAGAUAGAUAGAUAGAUAGAUAGAGAGAGAGAGAGAGAGAGAGAGAGGAGAUAUAUCGUGCGCGUUCCUUUUCUCAUCACAGUCUGUUCUCUCUCUCCCUCCCAUUUCUGUCUGUCGUUCGGUGCCGUCUGCGCUCUCGCUCCCACCCGGCCAACUGCAAGUAGGAAGCCAGGCAGCAGCCACCCUCUCUCGCUUUGUACCCUCGCAACGGUGGUAGCGACGACGAUGCGAGAAACGUAAUGGCCACCGUGGGCCUAGGAUAGAUAAAAGAGAGGAAUUCCUUUUCUCUUUGGAUCUUUGUCGGCCUGGUCUUCUUUUAUCGAAAGUGUCGUGCAAGAAAGAAACGACAUAGAAUCGGUAUUACGAGAAAGAUAGACAGAGAGAAAGAAAGAAAGAGAGAGAGAGAGAGAGAGAGAAGACCGUUCGGACGUUAGUCCGUUUCGUUCGUCGCGGUCUGUCGGUGAAAAGUGCGUGAGCAAGAAACAAGAGAAGAAGAAGAAGAGAAGAAGAUAAGCACCGUUGUUGGUGCAUCCUUAGUGUUACUUAUGUGUGCCAGCCAUUAUCGAACGUAUUUCGCUCCAACUAUCCCCGAGGUGCGGAGGACGGGAUUGGAUUAUAUUAUAUCAUUUUGCCUUAUCGUACAGUACAUCGCGGAUUCUACCCUCCGUACCGAAGAACCAUCGGAAAACGAGGUUCGAGAGACGACGGGAUAGUUCGGAUCAAUGACUUACUUCGCUUCCUUCCAACGUCCUAACGACGUCCUAUUAUUAGGACAUCGUUCAUUGUUCACCGAUCAUAAUAGCUACCGCUGUUGAUCGUAAAGAAAUGUAUCGGGUUUCUAACCGAUGGAUCAAGGAUUAAGUAAACCGCAUUCAUCUCGCAUAUACAAAAGGUGCGCAUGAAGCAUGAAAAAAUAUCACGGAUUUCUUCUAUGCACCUUCGACGAAUAUUGGAAGAUCAGUCUCCGUUUGAUAUUUGGAAUCGAAUGUUCCUCGAGGAUAUUUAUCUGUGAUGAUCUCGAAUAGAGAUAACGUUGGAUCAAGAAAACCAAGCACGAGGAUAUCUCCCGCAGGUCGAAAUAAAUAAGUUUUUUUUUCUUUUUUUUUUUUUCUUUCUUCUUCAGAAAGAUAACUUUUCGGCCAUGCCAUUAUAAUAGAAGCCAAACAAAGUGCUCUACCACGAUCUUUUAUUCAUCCCUGUCGGAUGAUUUCAAUUCGAGUAAAAGAACUGAUCGGGCUAUGAUAAAGCUGGGAGAUAUUCGAUUGAUAUUGGAGUCUGGUGGUCAAAUUAAUACCAGUCACUGUGGAACAAAAUGUGACGGGCUAAUUGAAUGCUAUUAACCUGUCAAGAUAUUACGAAUGAGUGAGAAGAACACACACACGCACACACACAUACAUAUAUAUAUAUAUAUAAAUAUAUAAAUAAUUAUAAGUCUAAGAAUGUAGAAAUAUCUAUGAAAGAUUUAUUGACUGAUUUGAGAUUCUAAAAAUGACGAAAAUACCUACGAAUAUUAGAGCGAUGAUGCUCAGUAGGUAAAAAAAGGACUGGCCCUUCUCUCUCUUUUCAUUUCCCAGCCCAUGAACGAUAAAUAUUGAAUAAUUCAAAGGAAGAUCUUUUUCGCUCUUCCGAUGCAUCAAUAAAAGAGGAAGGCGCAAAUGGGAAUAGAAUAGUAAUCUCAAAGACUGGUCCUCGUAAGUGUCCUUAUUUCGAGAAUCCUCCCCACCGUCGUCUUCUCUAGGUCGUUACUAUCUGCCUAUUACUGCUACUACUACUACUACUACUACUACUACUAUUAUUAUUAUUAUUAUUAUUAUCACUGGUACCACCACCAUCACCACCACUAUCAUCUUGGCUUUUCGUCGGCACUCCUUUCUUCCGGUUAUGGAAUGAGCCGGCGUUCGAAUACUUGGACGUUUGCGGGCUCGCAUAAUCAUUAUCGAGCAUCAUGAUAGGAACGAUGCGCUUACUUCUCUCGUCAUUUUUAAUUACCAUGCAAUUUUGUGUGAACGUUUGCCUGUCAAGCGGUGACGGUGGCCCUAAUAGUCCUAUCUUCAAUCUAGAUCAUACGGCGUUAGAAAAGAAUCUCGCUGCAAUAUUUAUCAAGGUCGCACAUAGUUCGGCUACCACAAAACGUAGCGUACCUGCUUAUGACGCUCAAAUUUCAGCUAGUACUACCUUAUCGACCGUACCGUCGCCUUUAACAACCUUCACCACCGCUACGACUACAACGGCGACUAAGUCAACGACGACAACGACGACAACGACGACUAGAGCUAUAACAACCUCUGCGAUUAAUCCCUCGUUACAUUCUAUAAGAAUACCAGUACCACGUGCUACAGCAUCGUCGGGUAUACGUGAUUUACCAUCGUAUGCACCGCCUUCGCGAGCCUUGUUUACACCACCCCUACCGCCGGAGUACCUUCAUCCAUUCGCCGACAAGCCAACGCUUAGGGGUACAAAUUCUGACGUACAUACUGGUGCAAGAAGGCCCGUACCACCACCUAGUCUUACCCCGGCACACGAGAGAAUACCAAUCAGGCCGCCUGACCUAGUACAAGUGCCUGCUUCCCAUGGCCCAGAGAGACACUCGCAUUCCAGGAAUAAAGCCAUCAACACGAGCAACGUCAAUACAAAAUUUGGACUCGAAUUUUCCGAGAACGAGAAGAGAAAUAAUUCGAACGAGUUUGUACCGACUCUUCAUUAUCCAAGCAUAUCGCGGAUUCUUUCCGGUAGCAAUGGUAGAAAACAAGACAUUCCUGAGAUUCUUUUGAAACCGCUUGCUACAAAGAGUCCAUUGCAGAACGUACCAUUGGUUAUAACGACCGAGAGAAUGAGUACGUCGACGAUGAUGUUGGUAACGACAACACCCGCUACAGGAACGACCACUAUGAUGCCGAUGACGAGUACGGUCGAUCCAUUUAAGAAGAUUACUCAACCGACUAUUUUCAACCUGCCAAAUACGAGGAGGCAGGAGAACGACGGCGAUUAUCAACAUGGCCUGAGAACGGAGAAUGGUUUCAAGACAGAUAAUAUCGAGAUAGUCGAUACAGAAAGACUGCCAUAUCCCCAACCUCAGCCACCGGCACCACCAUCGAAGAAACCAAACGACAAGGACGGUGAUUCUUUGGUACCUCACAUAGAUACGAAUCCUUCAGAAUCAACAUGGAAAAUCGCCUGGUCUCUUCACGUUUACGUAGCAGCCAUCAUGUUCACUCUGAUGGCCUUGUAUUCGAUUUACAAGAUCGUUCGUUUCAACGAAGCUACCAAUCUUCUUACCCAGUCGUACUUCCUCGCCGUUCAUCUUCUUUUAACGACUGUCUGUACUCUGAGGUGUUUUCAUCUGUUCUACGAUGCCUACAAUUUGGGCCAUUCUUUGCCGGAACCAUUGUCACGUGUUUUAAUGUACUUACCGGCACCGUUGUUAUCGGCAGCCUUUGCAACGCUUAUGUUGUAUUUAGCCCGAUGCUCCGAGGCACCAUCGUUGAACAACAAACUCUUAUCUCCAGCUGCCCUAGUUUUAUUCUCAACCGUUCACAUAGUUUUAUGCGUCUCUCUCCACGUGUCCACUCACGUGUUAGGUUAUCGAGAUGAAGCAGAGAUAUUGCCCCUAGUUUGUCAGUGUAUCUACAUCAUUGUUUGCGUUACACUCGGCCUCUGUUAUGUUUAUGUGUAUCGUGUCGUACGCUCGCAGAUACACAUUACGAACAAUAAGACUGCUGGUGUCAAUCACGUGGUCGCUGGCAUCGAUCCUUCGACCGUGGCAUUGAGUACAGCAAUUACGACGACCACAGCGACAGCAAUACUCUUCAUACUGAUAGGUUUUGUUCAGCUCUAUGGUAUAUUUGGUAUACGUGAACGUUCUCAGCCAUAUCCUUGGGUCUGGUGGGGUUGGCAGUUCUUCGUCAGGUUACUAGAACUCUCCGUUUGUGGGCUAUUGGUUUGGGUCGCUAGUCUCUCGCAGUAUCCCCUACGAGAGAAACAACUCCAACAGCAUCCAGCUCACUCGGGUUUUGCUCUAUUCCCGUGUGGCAGUUCCACGUCUACGGAGAACAUGGACGAUGUAUUGUAUCCAGCUAUAUGCAGCACAAAUCAAGCGAUACAAAAUUAUACCAUGAGGACUGGGAAACAAGUCUACGAUGACAGUUUUCCACUUAACACGUUGCCCGAACAUUUGAACAUAUCAGGUACCUUCGAAAGGCAUUCCAUUCGUAAGUCCGGCACGAUGGGUCAUUUUCCGCAUGAAGGCCGGGGAUCAUUGAGUCGUCAUGGCAACGGUGUGCAAACUUUGAGAAAUUCCGAGAGUCGGGGCAGGCAUACACCUGUUCCAGCUUUACAUGAGCAAGCUCCAACAACUGGGUCUACAAUGCUGGUGGCGGAAGACGGCUUCGUCAGGUUCCGAAAUUUAGGUGCGGAAGAAGACGAUUUAUCCGAUAGCCAGAGUAUGGUGGGAACUCAUGGUAGAGGGAGUUCGUUGGCCGGUAGCGUUAGAUUUAACGCGAGGCAUACCAACAUUCAACACCAACAUCAGCAUUCGCAGCACCAGCAUCCUACUCAGCAUCAACAUCAGCAUCAACACUCGUUGCAACAUUCUCACCCGAGUCAACAUCAGACGAGUCAUCAUCAACUCUACAACAAUACGUAGAGAUUCGUCGUCGUGCUAAAUUAUUACGAUGAUGCGGCUUAGUGAACCUAUUUCAUCGUUUAUCAGCUGGUUACGUCAAACGGCUCGAUAAAUGGAUAGACUUAUCGAACAAAUAAAUAUAUCGCGUUAUAAUUAUAUAUAGAAAUAUAUAUAUAUAUAUAUAUAUAUAUAUAUAUAUAUAUAUACAUUUCACACACACACACACAUACACACACACACAUACACACGCCAAUUGAGAGAACUGAUGAUCGUUAGGUAAAAAGCGUAAGACGCUUUUUCGUCGACAUUGUCGUAUAAUGUCCAAGUAAUUUUUUUAAUUUGUAUAUCUUUGCGAAACGCAGUAUCGCGUUGCAUCGUCAUCGAAAAAAAAAAAGAAAAAGAAAAAGGAAAAGGAAAACGUGAAAAGUGUUCCCAGUGCGCUCUGCGCGAGUGUCGAUUUGUACCUCGCGAAUUAAAUUUUCUCGUUUCAUCAUGCAGGGAUGAGGGAUGAAAGUCCCUUGAUGUACCAAAAGUUUCUAGGCGAUAUUAAAAAUCAAUUUUACUACUUUUAAAGACAUUUAGGCUAAACUUUCUUUUUUUGUUUUUUCUUUCUUCUUUUUUUCCCUCAGAUUGUAAAAGUACGACUCUAACUCUUCAAACUACAAAACCUAAACUAUGCGCCUGAUAAGUCCGUAAAAAAAGUAAUUGAUUUUUAUAAUCACGUAGGAACUUUUGGUCUGUUCUGUAUUAUCGCGAAAAGAAGAUAUUGUCUCCCCCUUGUUGUAUAGAAAAAAAAAAGAAAAAAAAAUCAUUCCUAUAUAUUUCUCACUCCUCUCCUUUUUACGUGUUAUUAUCAUCACGUCUUAUUAACACGCGCAUCAUCUAACUUUGCGAGUCGAGCCGCUACCCCUACUCUAAUGUACUUAUAUUUAUUUUCUAUCUUCUAAUAGGCGAAGAAAGAAAGAAAGAAAACAAGUAAACAAGUAUACGACGAAUUCUCGUUCAUGAAAACGGGAUUCAUGUUUCGUAUCUGGAUAGUCCAGGGUAUUUCGAGUCGUAACGUUAUUAAUUAGGCACUUGGUACUUAAUAAGAUGAUAAAUACGUGUGAUUGAAAAGAAAAGAAAAAAAAAAUAAGUUAUACGGUAUCUCUCCCUCAACGUAAUGUAAUGGAAGCAAGCUUUAUUCUCAUAUAUAUUUUAUAAUUUUUUUUAUUUAUUGUUAUUAUUAUUAUUAUUAUUAUUAUUAUUAGUAUUAGUAUUAUUAUUGUUGUUAUUAUUCUCUGUCCGAUUAAUAUUAAACUCGGCUAUGUGAAAUGGAUUGGAAGAAUGAACGAUUCAAUUUUUUAUAUAUAUAUAUAUAUAUAUAUAUAUAUAUAUAUAUAUAUAUAUAUAUAUACAUAUUUAUAUAUAUAUAUAUAUACUGAUAACUUAUACCCAUAAUAAUAAUAAUAAUAAUAAUAAUAAUAAUAAUAAUAAUAAUACAAUAAAAAAAUAAUAGAUGGUCGAUAAAAAAAUAUUUUGCCUUUUGUUCAAUAUGGCGCCAUAUAAUACGUAAAUCACACAUCUGUUCUCUUUUGGUGCGCUCGUCCUUUAAAUUCUCGCGUGUAUUCAAAAUGACGUCCGUUUUACUGAUGUUCAAUGGGAGAUAUAUUUUUCAAUCAAAAACACCCAUACAUACUAAAAAGUAAAAGUCGAUCAUGAUUUUUCAAACGUAUAUUAUAAUUUAAAAAGAAAAAAAAAAAGAAAAACGCGAUUAUCUCAAAAACGGUAUAUUCUAAAAGGAGACAUAUUCUCUUAUUGAAAACUAAUUAUUGUCGAACUAAACGAAAAGAAAAAAAGAAAUACACCGUUUGUACAGUCAAUAUUAAUAAUUGAUAAUUUAACGACCGAUCGUUAUGAAUGUACAUUUUAUUCAUCGUCCAACAACCCUCUUUGAGCCGUAUAAAAUUGAUUAGUUUUAUUUAAAAAAUAUAAAUUAAACAAUCAAUUUUGAUAUCGAUGUUCCUUUUAGCGCAUGUCAAAGUUAUUUAUAAAAUAUAAUGCAUUUAUUAUCAAUGCUCUUAUAUAUUAUGUUUUGAAAUAUUCAUCAAUUGUUAAUUAUGCAAAAAACGAAAACAAAAGACAGGAGGAAAUCACAUAAUAUUUAUUAUUAUUGCAAACACACGUGCACUGACGUUAAGUUUUCUCUUGGCAAGUUGCAAUAAGGUCACGUGAUGAAAUCAAUGAGAAAAAGGAAGAAGGUGCAAUGUACCUUUACAAUGCUAUCUAAGUUAUUUUAGAAAUAAUAUCAGAAUGUGUGUGGUCAUAGUAUUGAAGCAUUGUGUAAUUUUAAUGUUAUACGUUUAUAGAAGAGGCUACGGAGGGUUUAGUUUAAGUUAUAAGAACUUUGAACAUAUGUUUAAUUUAUAUUAUUAAGAUUUAGCAUUAAAUUAGACAUAUGAGAUAUAUAUAUAUAUAUAUAUAUAUAUAUAUAUAUAUAUAUAUAUAUAUAUAUAUAUAUAUCAUUAAUUUUUUAGCGAGCAAAUACAAGCGAAUAAGACAAUUUGACAUACGAGCCAGUAAUUAUUUUUCUUAUUUUUGUAUUUUUGUGUUUUUAAAAAUGUUUUUUUUUUUUACUUCUCAGAACCUAAUGGUACAAAGUAGGAGUUUCUACUUUUCCUUUCGUAUAUUAAUAUAUAGGCUUAAGCAGUCGUGCAGUCUGUAUGUUUAUAUUGACAUUGUAAAUACGACGGUACAUAUACACAGACUCUUAUAAUUGAUGAUAAAUAUAUUUGUCACACGGUAGAUUUUUACAUGAAAAGACGAUUCAAAAAUCUAUCGGUAGGUUGUGCGCAAUUUUAAUUCUCGACAUCAUAUCUCAAUUGUAAAUUCCAAUGAACACGCUCUCGUUUUUUAAUUUAUAACAGAAAUCUGUAUUUAUUAUGUGAGGAACACAUUCCACAGAGAGAGAGAGAGAGAGAGAGAGAGAGAGAGAGAGAGAGAGAGAGAGAGAGAGAGAGAGAGAGAAGCGAAUUAGUGGAAUUUUAUUGCUAUUUUAGAUUAACAUAAAACCCGGAAAAGAGAGAGAGAAAGAAAGAGAGAAAAGAAAGAGAAAGAGAGAGAGAGAGAGAGGAACAAAUGUGUAAAUAAAAGCUUUUUGCGAAAUAUUA